UCCACCCAUCUCCACCCCUUCCUCAUCCCACGGCAUCCAUGCCCACCACCUGUUCGACCGCCUGACGCCGCGCCCCCAUGGCUCCCGCGCUCACCUCGAGCCCGCCCUCCUUCCGCCCUCUCUCCUGCCCGCUCCGCCGCCGCGCCGCCACCGUCCUGUGCCGCGCCGGCAAGCCCGGCGCGGAUAAUGACGCCCCCAAGAAGAGGCCCAGCCUCUUCGCGGACCUCGGCAAGCUCGCGGACGCCACCUCGCUGAUACCGGCGCUCCCGACGCCCGCGGCGGGGUCGCUGUUCGCUGGUGGCAGCGGCGGGAGGGGCCGGAAGGACCCGCAGACGGUCUUCGUGGCGGGCGCCACGGGGCAGGCCGGGGUCCGCGUCGCGCAGACGCUGCUGCGCCAGGGCUUCGCCGUGCGCGCCGGCGUUCCGGACCUCGAGUCCGCGCAGGAGCUCGCGCGCCUCGCGGCGGCGUACCGGCUGAUAUCCCCCGCCGAGGCGCGCCGGCUCAACGCGGUCGAGUCGGACUUCGACGACCCCGAGGCGAUCGCCAAGGCCAUCGGCCCCGCUGCCAAGGUCGUGGUCACCGUCAGCCCGGGCGAGAAGGGGCCCGAAGCCGGGGGCGUCACUACCGACGACGCGCUCCGGGUGGUGCAGGCCGCGGACCUCGCCAGCGCCUCGCACGUCGUCGUCGUGUAUGCCUUGGGGGCCAGCGGCGGCCUUGGGGGCGGUGGGUCCACCUACAAUGUGCUCGACGGCUUCACGUCCUUCUUCUCCAACCUCUUCUCCCGCGUGCAGACGCUGACGCUCAGCCAAUUCCUGGCCAAGGUGGUGGAGACCGAUGUCAGUUAUACACUUGUCAAGGCUUCACUUACCGACGACUACAGCCCUGAGAGCUCCUACCCCCUGGUCCUCGCCAAGGAGGGAGCAUUGGCAUCGCCCAGCACACCUUCCAGCACCGACACUGGCAAGGUGUCAAAGUCACAGAUUGCGGCCCUUGUGGCUGAUAUCUUCUCCAAUGUGGCAGUCGCCGAGAACAAGGUUGUUGAAGUUUCAACUAACUCAUCAGCAGUAUCAAAGCCGAUAGCUGAGGCUUUCGCAGCUAUUCCUGAAGAUAGGAGAAGAAAGGAGUACCAAGAAGCUGCUGCAAAGGCACAGGCAGAAGAAGAGGCCCUGGCCUCACAGCGAGCUAGUGAAGCUGAAGCAGCUGCCAAUGAUCUCGAAGCCAAGGGGAAGGAGGCACCCUCUGAGGAGGCAGCUGCUAGCCCGGUGAACGGGGCCCAAGCCUCUUUGGAAAACCUCCUGAGCAGAGCCAAAGGGAUCAGCACGGACUUCUCCUGGGAGAAGUUCAGCACACAGCUUGCGGAAGCGACGACUCCUCGAACCUCCACGGAGAAGGGACCGAAGGCACAGAUCGCCACCGUGCGAGGCCAGGCGAAGGCAAAGAAGCUUGCACCACAGAGGGCAGUCGUGAAGCCAGCGGCGCAGAAGGUGAAGCCACAACCGAAGCAGCCGGACACCAAGCCUGAAGUAAGGCCAGUGUUUGGCGGCCUGUUCAAGCAAGAAACGGUGUAUGUGGACGACGAUUGAGCUAAGGAGAGCAAAGUUUAUCCUCUACGUGAUUUUUCCAAGCUUUUGUAUGCUCUUGGAAUGUGAAUGUGUAAAUCCGUGUAAAUUUGGCUGUAACGAAGCAGCUCUGUCGAUGAAUGACCAUACCCCCAUUUUUCAGCGCAGAACUUGUUCACUGGCCUGAUGAGUUUCGGGAAAGAUCCGAUGUCAUUUUUAUUCUUAUAAGAGGAAAGGGACUUCAAAUCUUA